UAUUAUAUAUAGUGCGAAUAAAACUGUAUCAGUAGAGACACCGACCGGCAAGCAUAGAACACGGUGAUGUUUUACUUAAUGAGGGCAACAGAGAGAAACGGUGACCAGUAUGUGUUUUCCUCUGCCCCGACCGUACCAAGGGAAAAGGCCCCUGACAUUCUUGUCAAGUUCCAGGCGGUCAGUAGAGAGCAUCCGUGCUUGCGAAGCUGUUCUCUUUUUCUCAGUUCCAAGUCAAGUCUACUGGAGAUCCGCAAGAUCAUACACAGCACCUUUGCACCAUGCUAUGAAAAAGGAUUUAUUUUCCUACGGAAGAACAAAGAGGUGGUACGGUCCAGAGAGAGAAUCCUGCGGUUGUUUGACAUCCUUCCGAGGCCACCACCCAAAGUUCAAAACCCUGCCUUUAGAUAUCAGAACGUACAGUACAAAAAGCUGACAUUCGAGAAGGACGGCCGUCGCUAUGCCUCGAUGUGCUGUGGGAUGGUGUUCCUGUAUGAGGACAGCGGACUAAGUCACUGGAUCCCCGACACCCUGAAUGACGCCCUCAGCGCCCCCACCAUCUCGGGCUUGGAUUAUAUACCUUGGAGCAUCACAUCAGCAAGGGAGGAAAGUGAUGAUGUGUCAGUAUAUGCCCUGAACGAGUAUGCUGCAUUGGGCAAGGAACGGGAGCUAAGGGAACUUCUGGACACCAUCCCACCGGGAACUGAGCUACAACAUUUCAGAGACAGUAGAGCUGCAACCCCUCUACACUACGCAGCACAGAAUGGCCACGUUGCCGUGUGUGAACUUCUUAUUGGUCGCUUCGGAAGAGAAAUACUGUACAUGAAAGACACAAACAAGAGAACACCCCUUCAUUGUGCACUUACGUUUGGAAAGUUUGAAGACUCAGGAUUUGAUAAGAGGCAAAGUAAUGAAGAUGGGCGUCUUGAUGCCAAACUUGAUGUGGUUUGCUACCUUCUGCAACUCGGUCCAGAUUUACAGUGUCAGGACGUCCAAGGACUCAACUGUUAUUGGAUACUUUUCACCCUCGGAAACAAGACGCUAGAUGAAGUUAUUAGGAAAACUGAACUGAGUCUCUUAGAUGAUAAACUGAUCCUGCAUCUGACCUGUUAUUCCCUUCAGUACAGGAAACUGGAAUUUGCCCGUGAUCUCUGCAAGCUUGUGAAGGUUUUCGACGCAGUGUUUUACCUGCCACCCUUACACUUGGCAGCUGAAGUUGGAGAGAAGGACCUGGUGGAGUCGUUGCUGCGUAAGGGGGAUAGGGGUGAGGUAAUACAGCCUGAUAUAAGAAACCAGCACGACCAAGAUGUUGAGAACACGACAGAGGCACAUGAUCCAAAAGAAAAAGACAGAGAUGGACAUCUCCCAUUUCACUAUGCAUGCCAACAUGGAAAUGGAUCUAUACUUUCUCUGUUGUAUUUUGAUGAAAUGUCAGAUGCUGAUUUUGUUAAAGGAAUCCGACUUGCAGUCCAGUGGAAAAAAACAUCUGCUCUUCAGACAAUAGUUCAACUCAGGGACCUCUUCUUUCUUGAUAUCAGGACCAAGCAAAUGGUUAUAUAUGAGGUUGAAGAAAACUUCUCUGUUCACCCUGAACAUUCGAAAGCAUGUAUGGCAUGUUUGAAAAUAGAAGAAAAGAUACUUGUCAGGUUUGUAUCUCAGGCUGCUCGUGUUGGAGACAUUGCAUCUCUAAACUGGCUAGUAGAGCAGGGUACGAAUUUGAACCAUAAAGAUAUCAUGGGAAGAACACCUUUGCAUGAGGCUGCACAGAUGGGACACACGGAGUGUAUACAGUUCCUUUUAGCUAGCAGCGCUGAUCCAAACGAUGUUGACUGGAGAGGUUCAACCGCUCUUCAUUAUGCAUGUAUGUCAGGACAAAUCCAAUCUGUAAAUGCGCUUCUUCAAAAUGAACGAACUGUGCCAAAUGUAAAGGAUGUGUGUGGUAGGACUCCAUUGCUCGUUGCAGCACACUGUAAGAAAGUUGACCUGCUAAAGAUUCUUGUUAACACAUACCUCAGACAGUUAGAUCCACAUGCUCAGGAUAUGAAAAGAAGAUCAGUCCUGCACUACCUGUAUUUAAUGGACGUUGAGACAGCACAGACAAUGCUUACCCAAAUGAAGGAUCUACCUACCAUUGAGGAUGCUGUAUUUGAACCAAAGAACAUGCCAUCAUUUGUGCCUAUUUGUGAGGUGUGGAGAGAUCAAACUCUUGAUCUGAAAGAAAAAAGGAGAAAACUAAGUAAGCAAACAGUCAAAACUUCCAGAAUGAGAUGCAAGAAAUGUAGGAAGACUUGGACUGUUCUUGGAGAUCGUAUCAGAUGGUUACACUUGUGCAAAUCUGACGAGGCCUUGAAGGAGUCAUUGGUCUCACCGAGUCACGCUGGCAAGAUAGAUUCUCCCAAAAAGACGAAAGUGCCGUCUGUACAUAGUAAAAAGGAAUAUUGUGAGGAGAUAGAAUCACUACAUGGACCAUUCAAAACAUUUAAAUCCCACACAGAAGAAGACCAGUCCUUACCUCAAAUACUAAUUUUGAUGAACAGGCAUGAUCUCUUAGAACUUGUUGCAAAUAUUCGCCCUGAACUACUGCAAAACCGUGCAAAACAUGCUGCUUUACUAGCAGCUUGCUACUGGCACAUAGACAGUUUGAAAGUCUUGAUGUCUUUCUUGGAUGCAUCUCAAGAACUUAUUGCAACACUUUUUCAUUUAGCCUGUCUGCAGAAACCUCUAGACUCUACUCAGAAGGAACGACAGAUCAGUGUUGUUAACUAUCUCAUAGAAGAGGGAGCACAUCCGAAUAUCAUACCAAAGAAGAAUGAUCUAUACAGUACGAUAUCCUUGACAUCUUAUGAAAAACGUGUACUGUAUUACAGUCCACUUGAACUAGGUGUGAUAAAUCAAAAUGCAUCAUUGGUGGAAGUGCUGGUAAAACAUGGAGCAUCAAGUUCGAUAUGUUUUGCUGUUCAUCUAGCAGCUGUAUACGGCGACGUAAAAAUGUUUGACUUUUUACUCAAAGAAAAGAAAGAGGAAGGUGAUUCAAUCAUUGGAACAAUAGACAAUGUUGAUGAACUGUGGCGUGUGUGUUCUCUAGGAAUGGGCAUUAUACAAGCCCUGUGUAGUGCAAAAGAAAUAAGCUUGAAACACAUCCAUUGUGUAAUGCAGGCAUUUCCAGAUUCUCUGCAAAGCAAGAAACUUCUAACAAGGAGCAUGGUUUUGGAAAUUCGCCCAGACCUUGAUAUAUCAUCCAACUACUCAAUCCUGAAAUGCAUCCUGUUCAAAUUCUCUGACAGAAACAAUGACAUAUCAUCACUACCACAUACAUGGCUUGCAAAUAGGUUAGGCAAGAAACCAGAAAUUGAAUACGUGCUUAUGGAGCUACUGAAGAGGGGGCUUUAUCUUGACGAAGUGCGUGUUUCAAAGAAAAGUACCGUUCAUAUUUCAUGUGAUAUGUUCAUGACAGUUCUCAACAAACGAUGUUGGGUGGUAGCUGAUGAGAUUCUCAGAGUUGGGGGCACAACUCUGUGGCAGUGCCUAUUGACCAAACACCAUUCUUGUCACAGGCACGUGUAUAAGAUGGAGAAAGAGGACGCAAAGUCCUAUCCUGUGCUAUUUAAGACCUGGAACAGGCUGUUUGGCUAUGCUCCGUUGUCAACAUUGAAACUUUUCUUUCAACAAGGGCUGAAGUUUGUAAAUACUCUUGACCUUGAACAUCUUGAGGAGAAAUUGUCUCCACUGUUGAAGGAAUCACGCCAUAAAAAGAGAAUGUUUGGUGAAAACAUCCUUACUCAGAUUGCAUCUCAUCACAUUGAAAGUCUGGAUGUAUCACGAAGGUCAAUCUUCACAAUCGCAAAACUUUUGAUCCUCUUUCCAAGGCUUUUUCCUCAAGUUCUUGACAAAACUAGGGAGUUUCAAAAUCUUAAUGAUUGGAUGACUGUCAUGCCGAGGGACGAGUUUACUCAAAUGUAUGGUAUGCACACAAAGGGCUGGCACACAAUUAAACUUCUCAGGAACAUGACACUAGACAGAAAGCUGUUAUUUUCUUUAACGAAUAUGGGACUGUCAACGUUGGAUAAAAUCGAAAACAGCGGAGCAUCUCUGUUGCACUUAGUGAGCGUUCUAGAUGAUGUAGAGCUACUAAAAGCAGUUUGUGAUAGUGUUGACCCUCUGCCUGUCUGUUCUGAGGAUGCACUUGGAGCUACAUGUCUUGACUAUGCUGUAGCCAUGGGUCAUGAGAAAACAGUAGGAUUUCUGUUGAAGAAUGAAGCAAAUGUCUCACAGCAGACCCUCCUUGCAGUAUGUGUUGGUGCAAGAUUCUUGACGUUUAUGCAAUGGAAAUACACGCAGUCCUCGAGAGUGACUGAAGAAGAAAGACAAACCAGAGACCUGAGGACAUUGAGUUCAACUUUACAGAUUGACGUGAGUUAUCAUCACCCAGUGUUUGGAAACGUGCUCAGAGUUGCCAUAGAAGCCACCCACUGGAAGCUGGUUCAAUUCAUCCUUGAAAGUGCAAAAAACAUUUCUACUGACAUCCUUUGUGAUCGGUUGGUUAUCCUACCUCUGAUAGGAAAUGGUCCCUGGAAAACUUGCUGUUACCUUUUCGAAAACUAUGGACAGUCCCUCAUGAUUGGAGCUUUUGAUCUAGCACAGGAGGCUUUGUUUGCUGCCAGUGUUAAGGGCUCUGAACAAACUGCAUUGCUGCUCUUCAAACUUCUUACUUCAAGAUAUGAAAGCCAGAGUAGUCUUCCAGAUUCCAUUAUUAAGCUUCUGACUUGGGAAAAUAGUUAUGAAAUGACAACCUUCCACAGUGUGUGCCAACAAGGAAACAUUGAUUUUGUGAAAUAUGCACUUAAUUCGUUGGGAACAUAUGGAUACAGUGCUGUUCAAAGUGUGGUUAAUGUGAAGGACCACUCUCAAUUGACACCUUUGUGGUAUGCUCUCGCCAACAGGCAUUUCAGUAUAGCUGAAUUAGUGUUGCUGCAUGGAGGUAUCCUGAGCUUGAAUAGAUCAGUCCCUGAUCUGUGGCCAAAAAGGGUAUUUACUCAUGAAAGCUCUCAUGGUUGUGAAGAAUGGCCACAGCAUCGGGAUGCACAAAUCGCGAGGAAUGAUUCAACAAGGGUGGCAGAAAUCGUGUCUCCAAGGACGAAGACAUUCCAGGAAGUAUAUACAAAAUCCAAGAGGACGUCUCCCAUCUAUACGUCUGUGAUGGAACACCAUGUGCCCAAAGUAGGUCCCUUGGACACACUUAAACGAAAGGUCCAGUAUUUGCUGGAUCUAUCAAAGUAUUGUCAAUCCCAUUCUUCCAGCAUCCUACAUGGUGCUGCAGCCAUUGGAGAUCAUGGACUUCUCCAAGAGAUGUUAGGUCUGACAAUGUCUCAACAUAUCCUUCAACUGGAUACUUGUCCAUCACCGUUGGUCUUUGCUGUAGCAAAUCAUCAGUACCAGUCAUAUGAAACACUACUCAAAAAGGUCACCAAUGAACCGGAACAUUUCUAUGACAUUCUGGCACUUGCUGCUUUAGAGACAACAGACGUUGAUUUGUAUGUACAGAAGAGGAAGAGAAAAUCUCCUAAAGAAAGGAUUUGCAAAGACGUCCUAUCUGAACUUCAAGAAAAAGAAGAUGCAUUUAAGAUCUUCCAGAAGCUCAAGAACAAUAAUUCACUUGGGACCAGACUAACACUAUCAGAAAUUUCUCUCUUGGUCAAAUCAGCAUUAAAGAUAUGCAAGUCCCAUGUGCCAAAUUCCCUUCUAUCAGUUCUUGCAUGUCUUGGGAAGGUUCAGCCAUUACAGUUUUUACAGCAGAUCGAGUAUGAAGAGUUUAGACCACUUUUUGAAAGGAAGAUAUCUGGCGAUUUGUUGUUCACUGACCUUUUGUUCAUGUUUACAAACCAUGCUAAGGGUGGCGAUGUCAAAGACAGGGUAGAUGUGUUGAGAUAUCUAGCCAAUGAAAUAGAUCUUACUUUAAACACUAACACGAUAGAACAUGCUUUGAGAACAGAUUUGUUUCCCAUGCUGCAUGAAGUAGUUCAAGAUUACUCAAGAAAAGACAGAGCCUUUGAAUCAGUAGAUGUAUGGAUAAAGGUGCUGUAUGAUACCUCAAAGAAAGGAAAUCUUGAUUUAGUGACAGAAAUUUGUCACCAACUACAUACACGUGUGGUGUCUGACAAAUCAAUGCUGCUUUAUAGAUCACUAUGUCUGGCAUGCUAUUGGAAAAGAUCAGCAACAGUUGAUUAUUUUUUAGCCCAAAAUAUGAGGCUACAACAGGAAGCAAAGAACGUUACAGUCCUGGACAGAGGCAAUUGGGUCCUGGAUUUUGCUAUUCUCAGUGGAAGCAGUGAUAUUGUACAGAAAGUGCUAGAUGCACUUGAUGCAAGUCGCACGAUUGAUAGUGUUAGAAUCAGAGAGAGUAUGGAGCUGGCUUCCAAUCAUGCAAAUAAUGCAGUCAUUGCUACACUUGUUCAGUCCAGAAUGGUCAGUGCAGUGCUUACAAAGGAAUUUACAGAGAAGGUGCUAUUGAGGACAGCUGCAAGAGGUCAAGAAAAGGCUUGUGUCGAUCUUCUGAACAGCAGGCACCUUGAUGUAAGACGGACUGAUCAGUAUGACAAUUCAGUGUUACAUUAUGCAUGUACAUGGAAUAUGAUGGCAUUUAUUGAAGUUAUUCUCAAUACUUCAAAGGAUGAUCUGAAUUCAAGGAAUAACUUCGGUCACACUCCUUUGGAUCUCGCAAGAAGUAUGGGUCACAUAGCAAUGGCUAACCAUCUUGUGAACAAAUACAAGGCAUUGGCAACGUUUGAUACAGGUCAAACAGGCUGGUUGAAAUACCUCAUGAUGAAGAAUGAAUCAGCCCCUUCAGUACCAAGUGACCUCAUGCCACCUUACACGCAAAUACGAAGGCUUGAAUCCAAUGUGCACUCUCUUGUUAGUUAUGGUGAUGAUCAUGGCACAUUAGCAAUCAUGGAGACAUUACAAGAAAAACUUAUUCAGAUUAUGAUAGAUUCAAAACAAGCACCUACACUGUUUCAUCUUUGUGCAAUUUAUGGAUGUAAAGACUCUCUUAAAUUCCUUCUUACCCUCACUAAAGCACAUGCUCCUGAUAGACUAGUGGAGUGGUUACAUCAGGUAGGGACACCACCCCUGAUUAUGGCCAUGGAAACAAGGCAUGUUUCAUGUGUUAAACUUUUGGAGGAAGUGACAGACUGCUACAGUUGGAGAUCUCCUUUGCAAGAAAAUGUUCUUCAUUUAGCUGCCCGUAUUGGCAAUCCUUCUAUCGCCGAAACAGUCACAGUCAGAGCCCCAGAGUCAGCAUUUACUGCCAGGGACAAAGGAAACUUGAUUCCCCUUGCCACUGCUGUCGCUUAUGGUAAUCACCACAUUUUGCAAUAUCUAUGCAAGGGUGGAGCAUUUGAAGAAAGUUCUCACGCAACACACAAAGUAACAGACUAUUCUUGUGUGCAUUGUCUGAUGGAUUCAGCAAUUGGUUGGUCUAAGAUGUUCCAGAGUGGAUACAUCCAAGCACCCAAUGUUCCGGAAAGAAACAUCCUCGAUAGAAAGCCUUCAAGAGUAGGUUUCUGGCUUGAUGUUCGUCCGAAGUUUGGAAUGUAUUCCUUGAAUACAGAUGAAGCUAAAAAGAAGCGAUUCACACAUCCCCUGGACACACUUUACACCUGGUCUAAAAUAGCUCGUUCCAAUGAUGUUAUGUUCAGUGCACUGGCAACGAUGGGAUAUGGAAGGAAUAUUGUUAACACACAGUUGUUCUUGUUGAACAAAGAAAAAGAUGUUCUCCAAUGGGCACUAAAAUCAGAUCUAGAAGAUGCAGCGUGUUUCUACUUCCAAAACACAUCAACUGGACAAGAAAACAUUGUUGAGGUGUGCUGUUAUGCUGCACAAGCAAAGAAAAACAAAUUCUUCAUGACAGUUUUGGAGAAACGAACAUAUGCUGACUUGGUCACAGGGGAAAUGCCUUCGCCUUUAGAAGUUGCUUUGGCAUAUGGGAAUAUGGAACUAGUCACUGCCAUCAAGAACAGCGGGGCUACAGAGACGUAUCCAUUGCUACAAACUAUCCAAGAAGCAUUACCUGUGUCUAUACAAUGGAGAGUCGGGGUUUCUCAACCAGGUGAUUAUGACUGGCAAACAGACAUGGACAAUUCUGAUUCUCGUAUGUCACUUGCCGACGUUGUGCUGACCAAAUCCCAAGAUGAAAGCAAUAAGAUGAUUAUUGAAAGGCAGGCUGACCCUGAAGCAAUGAUACCAAUGCGCCUCUUUGGGAAAGAACUACAUGUAGAUCUGAUGAGCUUUGAACGGAUUCUUCCAGGUUAUUCAAAAGUGCAAACUCGUGCUCUAGUCUUGUCAAAGCUUAUUCUUGGAAGGUACUCAACUUGCAUUGAUACUCAUAACCAUACAUGGAAAGCAGUUUCAAGAAUCAGUGUAUCGUGUAUACAGAAAGGUUCCAUUGACAGUGCUCAAGUACUACUUUCUGGAUCCCAUCUUCAAGAUAAAAUCCAGGUUUCUAUUGAGGAUGAAAAUGUGUUUGUUCUUACGGGAGAGAUGCCAACUGAAAUCACAACGGAAGCAAGUAUCCGUGAGCACAUUGAUGAGACAGUCACAAAGGAAAUGGAACAUUUAGUGAAACGAGAACUGAACGGCCUGUCUGUGAUGAUCAAUGUUGACUGGGAUUCACUCAUUGCAUCAAAGAAUAUGGGAAUAUAUGCACAAGUCAUCAGAAUGUUAUCAGGAGAUGUUGCCUGCAACAAACUUGGUGGACUUCAAAGUGCUAUUACUCGUUGUGGGUCGCUGUUGGGAGAUAUAAAAUCUCUUUGUGGAAGAAAAGCUGUCAGUUCUACAGCACAACUUUAUUCUAAUCUGAAAGAAAUCACAGUCAAGUACGUGCCGAAUCUACCCAUUUUGAAAGCAGAGUCAAUAACAUCCAAUGAGUCAUCAAUGGUGUGGUACUUUACAGUAAGAGAUGGCUAUCUUCGAUACAAUUCAGAUCAUUUCAUGUUGUUAAAACUAUUGACUACCUGCAGAUCAGGUUACAACUGUCUCUUGCAUGGAUUCAGAUUACUGACAAGCAAGCCUGAUGUCGCUAACAUGCAAAUCAGACAGAAAUGUGAGAAGCAAAAAUUAGAAUCCCAAAAGGUUGAAGCGACAAUAGAAUGGGACUCGUUUGAAAGCAUUGGCAUGGUUGGGAAAAUCAGUGGAUUCAUCAGGGGAUAUGCCGCUCAGGAACUUCAGAAGAUAGCCCAUCUGUAUGCUUUCAUGAUGUGGCUUCACUUUGAUUUUGAUGAUGUAUGCUUAAGGGUAACACGAAUGAAGGACAGAUCUGGAAUUUGGUUCAAGAAGAAAACUCUUGUGGUUAGCCUGAAGGUAACAAAGACUGACACAGGAGUUUGGAUGACUGAAGAUACAGACUAUUCCAAAGUCUUUCAUUCAUUGGAAGAAAAACAGAUUCUUGACCAUGUUGUACCCUUCAAGUUUGAGUAUCCACACACCAUUAAGGACGUCUUUUGGCCUGAGUCAGCUCAAGUGAAUUCCUUGACAAGCUCUGAAAAGCUUGCAAAAGCUACGAUAAAUCUGCAAGAUCAACUUGGCAUCAUGAUUACAGUGUCUCCUGUUGAUUCGGAUUGGCUGAAGAUCAUACACACAAAUGACAUUCGAGAAAUGACUCAUCCCCUACAUCUGAUUGGUAGAUACUAUGAUUGGUUGGCAUUUGGUACAUGGUAUACCUUCACCCACACGAUUCUUAGCGUCUUACAGGCAGCCCGCACAAGUAGAUACCUGGGUGACUUCAAUAUCCCGGCUGGUGCCUGGACAUGGGUGACACACGAUGAACUGCAGGACAUCAGGAUGUCAAAGGUGCUGUUGGUACGGCUCAAACAGAGUGAAACAAAGAAAACAAACCUGUUCAAGAUAAUGAAAUUGUCUGAGAUUCAAGAAAUGAAGAAGGGUGAAAUUAGUGGAAUCUGGCAACACAUAUCUUUCAAUCAUGUCUUGGAGGAUGACAGUGCUGAGUUUGAAAGGGUGCAGCUUAUAAGUAUUAAUAAGAAGCUGAUGUUCCUUUGUGACAGAGCAGCAUUUAAACGUUUGCUUUUGGAAAUACCUCACACAGUCAACAUCAAACCAAAUGUCGCGACAGAGACCCAUAAUACUGGUGCUGCUGGAGAACUGGGAAUUACCUGUGAAGAUGUGAUUUGCCGACAAGGUUACUUCUAUGAGAGGCAAAACGCGUGUCCACACAUGAACUCCUUACAAUUCUUGGUGAAGAGCAGUUCCAACAACAUAUCCGCUGUGUAUGACGUAUGGGAUAUUGGGAGCAAACUCGGAACAAAUGUUGUUUUCGAUAAUGGAGACUUUGAAGAUGACUUAGUUCUUGGGGUUGUGGGUUAUGUCAUGCAGAAGACACUUGAAGAAAUAGCCAAUCUCCCAAAUGGACAGGACGAGAACAGGGAUGCCAUAUUGUCAACAAUUGCUGAUAUUGGACACAUACGUAUAGGAUUCAAGCAAUCUGUAAAAGAUGGAGAGUCUCUUGAAACAGUGGAAGGGACUACAUACAAUGAAACUGUGGAUAUACACCUUCUUUCGGAGAGAGAUCUGUAUAUUAACUUCAAACCAAAUAUCCUUGAUACUGACUUAGAGCUGAGAACAAUAACUGAUACCUUGAUUUCCGCAGUGUGUCGUACAUUCGAGUUCCAAACUCCUUUCUUCAUAUCUGAUGCUGUGUAUAGAACAUUGGGAAUGGAUAUGCUGGCUCAUGCCGUAACUGUAUUUAAGUUUCAUGGCAGGAAAAACAAGGAAGAGAUUUUAUCUGCAGCGGUGCAGUCGAGGGUCAACAUCUCUGCUGCUUUGAAAACCGUUGCAGAGACGGACGCAGUUGCCAGGCAACGACUGAUCUCUGAACUGGUGUCACUGGAAGUAAAGGAGACAUCAAGGGAUGGAUCCGUGGCAACGUUUGAAAAUGGCAAUCUGAGAUUCUCUGUUUUGAAGGAUGAUGGCAACACUGCUUCGCAGUCAGAGGUUGAGGAGGACCUCCUUUCUGCUCUGAAAGGACGCAACUCGACCCGCUACGACAGAUCUGUGAUAUCAACUCAUGGCAAUAGCUAUAUGCCAAUGGUUUUAACAGAGGAGCUGUUCCCAGAUAACAAUUCCGUAAUGACGAUCAGCUCUCCGCCGAAGGUGAAGAAGGUGCUGCCCAAAGUACACAGACUAAAGCGUCCCACAGCAACCAGCAGGCUAGCCAUACAGAAAGCUACAGACAGGCUGUUCGACUUUGUUGAGUUUGGACACACAGGAAAUAUUGAAAAUGUUCUCGAUAUUGGAGCCAAUAUCAAUGCGAAGAAUUUGGAUGGUUUUACACCUUUGAUUCGAGCUGCCGAGUUGAGGAACUAUGUGGUCCAAAAUUUGCUGCUCUCUCACGGAGCCGAUGUCUCUAAAACUGACAAGGUUGGACGCACACCACUUCAUAUAGUGUCUGCACACGGGGAUGUUGAGAGCAUAAAGCUAUUGCUCACACAUGGCAUCAACGUGAAUAGUAGAGACAAGAAUGGCCGCACUCCUCUCCAUUACGCCGUCAACAAGAAGAAGGUGGAGGCCGUGGACAUCCUGGUGUUCUGUGGAGCUGACUCCACCAUCAAGGACAAGAUGGGCAACACCCCGUCCUUCACGUGUAAGCGGCCAGACAUUCUACGUCUAAUGCAGGAGUCCACGCAGACUGUGUUUGGAAUGAAGAACGGUUAUGUGUUCAUAGAGCACACUACACUAGAGGCCGACUCUACCUAUCACCUAAAGAAGCUGGAUCUCACCAUCAAAACACCGCACUCCGUAGGCACCGGAACUGUCAACUUCAUCGGUAGGCGUGUCCGACCCGAGUACAGUCGCAGCUCAUUGGUCCCAGCUGAUAAAGAGCUACUGAUGAGUGACGUGUUCGAGUACCGAUUGUCUGGCACGCGACCGGAAGGUCACGUGACACUGAAGAUACCCGUAUAUGCUAAACCUGACCUGUUCGAGGAAGUGUAUAUGAAAACAGAUCGGGGGGUAUACAUUAGUUUCAUGUGUACAGCGGUUUACAAACAAUGGUUCUGCUACGUGAAGAUGAACAUCUCCAACAUCAACGCUUUCCUUCUCGUCACACUACCAAAGGUGGAGAAGUUCCCGAUCACGCCAGCAGGUGGCGUCUUCACCUCCUCAGUAGACAGCAUGGUGGAGAUAAAGGUUCUCAAGGAGACCUUCAUCAAGUCGGGAACACUCACUCUGGAGGUAAUCCCCAAACCUGCCUUCGACGAGGAAGAGUUCUCUCCCGUGUUGUCCUUGUCCCACUUCUAUGACGUGAAUCAUUCCAAGGGGGAACAACCCAGGCGUGACGUCCUCAUCACCAUGCCCACACCACAGGACUACUUCGGUGACGGCGAUCUGUACGUCAUGCUUCGUCAUGACGAAGUGGAUCACAAAGAGGAGGAAGACUGUUGGGAGAUAUUGGAAAAGAAUCCAGCGAUCAACGCCGGUCUUAUAACAAUUAAAGUUCCCCAUUUCUCCGAUCUAAACCUCAUUGAGUACAAGCAACCGAUGGAAGAUGGAAAGGUGACAGAGAAAGACAUCAUCCGCACUAAUGCCAAGCUGCUCGAGAAGGCCAAGCGUCGCGAGUGCAGCGUUGUGUUCAUGGCCAUGCUCCGGCCCAUGGAUGACUCCAACUGUGAAGCUGUUGUGGAGUGCACCAGGAACACACGGCUGUACACCAGGCUCCAGCACUGGAAGAUGGAAGGCUACAAGGACCAGAAACCCAGCUUUACCAAUGAGUUCAUUUCCUUCCCGAAACAGGAGUUCCUCUUUGAUAUCGGCGGAAACAGUCAGAAGAUUAACAGCGUCAUCACAAAACUGCAGUACCACCCUAAGAGAGACAACUAUUUGACAUUCCCAAUCUGUGCCAAGGAUGAAACCAAGGAUAAAGUUGGUUGGGUUGACAUAGGGGAGAAGAAGAGGCUGGAGAAAGAGUUUGCCCAGAACCCCACCUAUGACUCUCUGGCAAAGAUCCUGGUGUACCUGGCCGAUUUUGACAGAACUAAGACCAACAAGGCAAAAGAUGAGACAGACACAACAAGGAAUGAAACGACGGAAGAAGAGGCAUUGGCGUUUGCAGGUUUUACAGACAAGAACCUCCUUCAGGAUCUGGCCAGCAGACUUGGCCCAGAGUGGAUGAGGCUAGGGAUACUGCUGGGCUUCACUGGAGCAUCCAUUGACAAGCUACAGUCCCAGGAAGACCUGGAGGAAACGGACAAGCGACUGAAAAUGUUAACGCGAUGGCGUGAUCUUCGUCUUCAUCGAUCCGACCAUGGCGUCCCCGAGUUACUGAUAGUGUUACAGAAGUCUCACAGAAGAGACCUGGUGACAAUGGUUAUAGCAGAGCUCAAGAAAUGGUUGGAUGAGAAGAAGGAGCGUCAGGACAAAUUCUACUCCUGGCUGGAGAGUGCAUUGACUGCUAAGGACUCACCAACUUCAGGUCUCCUUGAGCCGAUGUCCGAUGCCUUCCUGCAGGCGCUGGUUGAUGAGACGGGGGUCGUGCUGGACCUGGCCGGGGAUGUAGACGUGUCUAGACCGGAACUAGACACUAUCCUGGCUGAUCCUCUAGUUCCCUCUGACCAGGCCAAGAUGGUCAAGGUUCUACAAACAUGUAGAGAUAAGCAGAAUUCUCGGGGCGAGGCUUUCAAGGUGCUGACCGAGGGUCUGACGUCUUUCGGCCUGGCCCUUCCAAGAAACUGGAUGCUCAGAACUGCCAAAGAAUGGAUCCACAACACAGAGUUGUCAGAUGAUCCGUUUGUCCACGCCAUCAACGACUACCUGGAGGAGGUGGAGAAGAAAUACCUGGCGCACACUUCCACCUACGAUGAAGACGACAUCAGUGAAGACUGAUCCUUGUCAGGAGAGAACAAACUCUGGCCAUAAAUACCUCAUGUGGAGUAAACGUAGAUAUUCCACAAGAUAAAAACAGAAAAA